UAAAAAAGCGCCGGUGUAUUAUGUAGUAGUCCUAGACCUAAGCACGAAGAGUCGGUAUUCAAAUAAUGUGAAUUAAGAUGCCUGUAGGUGAAGUAAAACGGGGGACUUCGUGUUUUCUCGACUUAGGAAUACGGUAGCUUCAUCUCGUGCGUGGCUAGUUAGGUAAAUCUUGAAAAAUGGUGUGACCGCCUGCCUAAUCAAAUUUGGCCUCAAUCGUCAAAGCGUCAAAGAAAUUAAGACGUCCAUAAAGGAUAAUAACGUACUGCAAAGGAUAUGUUGCAAGAAAACAAAAUGGACACGGAUGUUUACGCAAGCAUCCUAACGAUCCAGAGAGACGACACCUAAGAGUGAAACAUUGGAUUUUGAAACUCCGCACAGCUCACUGACCUCUGGUACAUUAUAUGCCUAUGUGAACAGCGUGUGCCGAAGCAGUGGUUCUCAUUUGAAAACUAACGAAGGGAAAAAGAAACUUCCUGGAUGUACCCUGACAUAGUAAAAUUCAUGUUUCUGAACGAGUAAUUAUUUUUACAUGGUUGCAUUAUGCAAAUUCGGCGAUAAUACUCACUAAUUCCUGGAAUAAAAUACCUCGUGACCAUAUUUAUGUUGGCAAAGGGCAUGGUGUAAGAGCACUCUUGGUUGAUCUUUAUAAAUCAAUUUUGUGAUGUAGUGGCAAUGUUUUUUCGGAUUUCCAGUUCACCGGAAACGAAUAAUUUGUUGAAAAUCGCAAACAUAGUUUCCGUUUCCAGAGUGUUUAAGCUCUCGAAAUUCGUUCGAGCGGAUAUGAACUGAUGCGGUGAUGUAUUGAUACAUGCGCAUGACGUCGUUAAAAAUUGCUUACAGCGAUGCAAGUCCGUAAAGUUUCUGUCUAGCUCCACACUUUUAGUAUACCUUGCAGAGUUUCCGUGACGUGGCUAACAAUUGGUUGCACUCCGAACCUAUCGUUGCGUUGCUAAUUUUAUCUUAUCGUGCGGAGAGUGCUGAUUUAUUUAUACGUUUCUUUCGUUUUUAUUGGGAAUCGCAACAAAUUCUACUGUAAUCAAAUUCAGAUCGUUAACGCCGUCCUUUAAUCCGCGACGCAUAAAAAUACGUGUUACGUACAAUAAAUAGCACUGGAAAAGAUUUUUUAUUCGUGGAUAAUUUGUGGAUUCUAGUUUUCGUACAGCUGCAAGUAAUCCGAAGUUACAAGCCAACAUGGACGAAUACGACACGAAGUUUGCCGAGAUGCAAAAGUACAUUCCAUUCUUGGAGGCGAUGAUCGAGCGGCUCCAGAAGGUCAAGGAUAAGUCACGGGAAGCACAGUUGCAGAAGAUGCAGAGUCUACACGGAAUCCUCUCUAACAGCAAAAGAAAGUUGAGGAUUGAAACCUUACAGAGAUGCGAGGAUGUACUCCAGAAGCUACACAAUAAAGUAGAAAAGGGGAAUUCGACAGGGUUGAAUACUUUGCACAAAAAGUCUGGAGAGAAUACUCCGCAGAAUACGAGUUUGAGGAAAACGGUCAGCAUUGCGUCACCCGAAAAACCUUCAAUAGGAACGAUGGAUCAUGAAACUCCGGCAAGCCCUAGCCCACCUGCUAGCCCUGACCAUAUGCCAAGAUCAACCCCUAUCAUUAUUCCAACAGAGCGAAAAGAGGAAGGAAGCCUUAGUAAAUGUGAUAGUAAACCCGCCAGCCCAGAUCAGUGUGAGAAUAUACCGGUAACAGCUCCGAUCAUCAUUCCGAUGGAGCGAAAAGGCGAAUGCGACAAAGACAAGAGUUCCGAAAAUCACAAUACCACUCAUUGUGGUUCAGAUAGUAACGAUAUUUUCUCAGAAUGGGAUAUGCUUGAAGAAUCGGAAAUUCAAAUCACCAAGUCACGUAAAAGCACGUGUCAACCAGGAGUCAUUCCUGGUACCGACUUAGUGACUACAGCAAAAUCCGUUUCCAAUAAUCUGCAACCAAAAGUCAUUCCAGAGGGCAGGCCUCAUAUACCAAUGGCAACCCGACAUAUACCGACUGUACCUGUACCUUCUUUGGGAGGAUUACGUAAAAUUAAGUCAGUUUUUGAUAAAACUAGACUAGGCAACGUUAAUGCCAGUUCCGCGCAUUUGGACGGCAGCCCACAAUCCCCAGUAAAUGUUCUAGAAACUAGGCUUAAGUCUCCUGAUCCUGAUAUGUUGUUCCCAAGGUUGAAAAUGAUGUCGCCAAGACAUAAAGAAGGUGUGAACCUGCCAAAAGUGAGUCCAAAACCUUCGACACCUUUGUUGGUAUCGCCUCCAUCGGUGCUUACAGAACCACCGCUAUCUAUAGAAGAUUUAGCAGAAUUACUUAGCGAUGAGGGAGAUAAAACAAAAAAAGAUAAGCAUCACAAAGAUAGUAUCAUCAAUGAAGAAUUCUGUAAAUCAACAAAGGAAGUUAGUGGCGAAAAAAUCAACAGAAGUAGGAAAGAAACAUCAGGAAAACAUGAACACAAAAGUCAUAAAGAUAGCAACGAAUCUGAGGUUCCUAACAGUUUUGUACUGACACAAGCGGACAUUGAUAGAGAAAGUGAAAGGCGGUGGGAAGAAGUGGACAAACAUAUUGUUAAACUGACUGCCCGAAGGCUUUUACCUAAUAAACCUUCGAAUUCUCCCCUGAAUACAAGACUUGAAGCUUCAAAAGCUGGGGAUAUCAAAUCGGCGUCACCUCCUCCAAGGAUAUCACAGCCGCUAUUAUCUCCUGGAUUAUUGAAUUCGGAGAAAUCAGCUGAUCACAGAAAUCGACCGCCGUCUCCAUUACAAAAUGUAGUCAAAGAAAAGGAGAACGAAAGAGAGCAUCGCUAUGCGGAUAAUUAUGAAAGGCAUCCUCGUCAAUUCCGAGACCUACAUGACUCAGGAGACGAUACCAAAGAUAAAAAUGUAUCUAGUAAUUUAUCUCGAAUAGUAGAUGAUCAACUAAGUAACGUAGGAUAUUCAAAUCUCCGGAAUAAUAUCGAUAUUGUCCCAAAAUCUGACGACAGUACAAGAAACACACCACUUUACCAAAGGCGUAGUCAACCAAACGUAGUGCCUGAUCCAACUCUCAUGUCGGGUCAAAUUGAAGAUUACAGAAGAGAAAAUGUUGAUUUCUUCCCCAGAAUGCCUGGGCCAACAACAAAAAGGCCACCAUUGUUACCUUCUCCUAUUAUACCCGAUUUCCCUAAUUCGCAGUGGGGAUCUCCAGCGACUUAUACUGGAAAUAUUCGACCAUCAGUUCCUGCUCCAAAUUCUUACCAAAGACCUCCCAACAAUUCAAAUUUUCACCAAGAUAUGUGGCCAAUGGGACCAGGAUGUUCUCAAGGCAUACCAGUGGAUUUUCAUCCAAUGAAUGAUCCCGAUCCAAACUUCUCACAGUUCAACCCUCAUCCACCUAACAGGCCUUUACCCAAUCCCACAUCUCGACCUCAGGAACUGAACCAUGGUUUAAAUCCUGAAGGUGUAUUCAGGGAGGAACCCAUGGGCCCUACAACAGUUCAACCGAUGUUAUCACCACCCAACUUUCCAACUGGAACCCACUACCGGAAUUCCAGAAUGGAAAAUAGGACUUAUGAUCCAUCGUAUGAUAGAUCUUCCGAAAUUUCUCAAGGACGUCACACGUGGGAUACAUCAUCAACUAGAGUAAGUGAUGUAGGGUACAGAAGAGACGGUGGUGACUCUAGUCGUGGUAGAACAAACACAGACGGUCCUAAUUGUAGACCCGGAACACCAGCACCAUAUAAUAGGCCAGGUACUCCUGGACUGUGGGCCAGAGAGAGAGAAAGGCCUGAAAAAGAUUGGACAAGAAGAGGACGAGGAAGGGAUCGUUUUUACAGUGAUCGAGGUAGAUCUGACUCGCGAGGUCCGUUUGCUCGCGAUUCUCGGAGAGCCGAUUGGGAACCCAAUGCCAAUGAAAGAGACAAUCGUGUUCGGUUGAAUAGGGAUAACAGAGUCUCUGAAAGAGACCCUCGUAUGCGAUGUGAGCAACAGCCACAAAGUACUGCUCAACCUAGAGAAACUGUGACUGCAGCAACUGUCAGGGACCCUCGUUUGCUCAAAGAUUCCUUAAACGUACCUGAUAAAGCUAAGGAUGCUGUCAGCUUACCAGGUGAUAGAGAUCCAAGGAGACGAAGUUGUGAGACCAAAGGUCCUUCAAAAAAUAUUCCCAGUGGUACGCAAUUGAAGACGAAGGAAAAGAACAAAAUUCAAAAAUCGGCGGAUAUGAAAAAUCGUCGAGAAUCUGAGCAUGAUGAAAAAGAAGUAGGCUCGAAAGACAAAUUGCACUCCCCAUUAGAAAGUCUGUACGGUGUAAUUGAUACAAAGGCAAAAACUGGGCAAGGAUAUGGUCUUCAGAAAUUUAAGAUACCAAAAAUCAAACGCCCUGAUCCUUCCGCACCUCCGCCCAAAAAUGAUCCGCCUGGAACUGAAAUUAAAGUCGAAGAAACAAGCUCUUCGGUAAAUGAGCAGUUACCCGAAACGAACUGUCCAAAAUUGGUAAAUGAGAAAGAUGAGAGUGAUUCAACUAAACAGAAACUAGAUGAAGAUAUCGGAAAAACAGAUGAAGAGAAAAAUAUUCCUCAAAGUGAGCAACUGAAAAAUAUAGUGGCCAAAGAAACAGAUAUUGCUCCAGUGAUAAAAGUGGAUGCUCAAACUGCUAAAGAUAUCAUCCCUGAAGUAGUAGCUAGUGUUCCUACACCUUGUUCACAAGUCCCCAGUGAACAGCCGUGUGAGCUUGAAGCCUUGAAAGAAUCUGAUGCUUCUAAACCAAAGGAAGAAGUAACUAAAGAGUGGAUCGAGGCUUUAAUUAGAAAAUCUUUCGAAUUUGGCCAAGGUAAAGAACUAUUCGACCAAGCCAAAUUAUUGCAUAAGUUAGGUGAGGCUCUCCAUGCAAAAAAAUUGAAAAAAAUAAAGAAGAUCAUAGAGUCAGAUUCUGAGAGUAGCAGUUCAAGUAAAGAAGAUGAAAUAAUCGAACCUAGAAAGUUACUAGGAAAAAAAAAAAGACGUGUUAUUGUUUCUGAUAGUUCGGAAGAGGAAUCUUUGGCAGACAGAUUAGGUUUAAUGAAUAAGUCAACAAACGAACAAACUAAAAAGAAUCGAAAGCUGAAGGCAGAGACCGAAGAAAAGAAUGAAGACAUAAAGAAAACUAAAAAUAAAAAUGACGACGACAAUGACAAUCCUGAAGCUCUCUUGAAUAAAGAUGACAAGAUGCUAAAAGAAGUAAACGAUGCUGAAAAUACGUGUGAUUCAAGUGCUGUGAAUGAAGAAGUGAUAGUUCCUACGUCGAAGAAAAAGACAACUUCCAAAAAACGAGUUAAACGGAGUAAAAAAGUAGAAUCUAAUGUUGAGAAUGUUGUUGCAGAUAGUUUGCCAGUGGGAUCGAAUUUAUCUAAGGAUGAAAUGAAAAGUGAGGAAAAUAAAGAGAUAGAAGAAAAGACACCAGCCCGUAUAAAACAUAGAAGAAGAAACUCUCUAGAAAUGUUGCAGGAAGAUAUAAGAGAAAUGUUUAUAAGUGAAGGUGUUGUAACUGCGACUGGACAUCGAAUGUGUAGAUUGAUCAAGGAAGGGCAUUCUGAACUGAACACCCCUUCAAGCAACUCCUCGGUAAAAAUGCCUAAUAAAAUUGAUGGGAAACAAAACAAUCUCUCUACUAAUUCUGAGAGUGAUGAGGCUAAGAAAGAUGCUCCUACUUCAAUUUGUAAAAGUAAAGCUAAAACUGCUCAGAACUUACAAGAAAAGGAUGAUGUGGAAUCUUGUGUAAGCUCACAAAAACGAACUUCAAGACGAGUAUCCAAAGUUCUUUCGAAACAAUACAUAGAGUCUUCAGAUAGUGAAGACAACAAACCAUUAGCCCAAUCGUUAUCAAGGUUUGAGAGGUUGAAAUUGCUUCCUGAUUCAGAAACAACAGUAACUGAAGAUCAAAGUGGAGCUUCAGAAAAAACAGAAGUACUACAGUCAUUGGAAGUACCAAAAUCCGAGGAUUCCCAGGAAGUUAUGUGUUUGCGCCGCAGCAAACGCGUCCCCAGGGUUUUAAUUGAGAAAACUGAGGUGACGAAAAUUGAUUCGUCUAAAAUAAUGUUUGACAGUUCUUCUGAUGAGAGCUUUGGCAUUGAUGUAUCAGAGUUAGCUGCAGCAGUUGACAUAUCUCUUCAUCCUGAACCUCAAUCUCAUCCUGAUCCUGAUUUGAAUGAAAAUUCUAAGCCUUCUAGAAGAAAGACACGUAUGCAAACUAGCGCCAAGCAGAAACAGUCGUCUCGAAAAAGUAGGACUGCAAAAACUACAGAAGACAAAGCUGACGACACAAUGUCUUUCACUGAUGAAGGCAGCAUGCUGUCAGACAUUUCUAUGUCUAGCAGCAUUACAUCGACUAAAAAAAUUACCAGAAAUUCGAAUUGCAGAAAUUCGAAUAAAGCUCAACCAGAUACAAACGAAGAAUUAUUAAGUGAUAUCCUAAUUGGACUCACAUCCAAGCCAGCAGCAGAGAAGCCAACAGAUGAAAUUGAAAAAGAGAGUGAUAUAGAUGCAGAUGAAGAAUUGGAUGAAAAUGUUUGUGAAACUUCAGAAGGACUCAAAAAAGGGAUUACGAAGAAAAAAAAGAAGAAGUGUAAUUGGCAAUUGGGUAUUUUAUCUAAAAAGAAAAAGAAAAAGAAAACAUCCGCCGUUACAUCACCUUUAGUUCCAUCAUCCGAGUCUGAAUUGACCAGUCCACCAGAAAGUUCGAAUAAAAGUAAGGAUACUUCUCUCACCAUUUCUGAUCCUUCUGACUCUGCGGUCAUUAACAGCAUUGUCCAAGAUCAGUCUUUUCUUUCAUCCAAUGAACCAGAUAUGCCGCGGAUAAUUGAAGCUUACAGUCUGAAAAGUGAUGACAACAUUCUGGAAAGUAUCCCAAGCACCCAGUUUAAUAAAUUGGAUUCUGCAUCGCGAGAUAGCAAUGUUGAAUUUGUGAGCACUAUUAACAGCACACUUUGGCCUGAGAAACAGGAAUGGCCUGAGAAACAGGAACAGAAAGAAAUUAUUCAGGAUAAAGCAAACGUUACUAAAACUCCAUCACCUAAGAUUAAGCAAACAGGAAAUAAAGGUAGUACUGAUAACGAAACAUGUAGCAUCGCACAAGUUGACACAAUUGAGGAUCUUAGUCCUUUGAAGUUUGAAAAGUUACUCAAUUAUGCGUUCACAGGACCAGAAAAGUAUAGCUGUGUGCUAUGCACAUUCACAGGUAAAAAUAUUGUUCAUCAUUACAAGUUGAACCAUCCUGAUGAUGAAGUCUUAAUUUCAAGACUUAUGCCAGUGGAUGCUAAAAAAGCUAUUGAGCAAUCAAGUAACAUUGUUGAUAGAGUGCAUCAAUCGAACAAAAAAGAGGAACUCAAAUACAAUUGUAGAUUCUGCCUUUAUAGUGCAGAAGGUAAAAAAGAAACUGCAAAAGAAUUAUUUUACGAGCAUUGUACUACUCACACAGGAGAGUACAGAUUCAAAUGUGUUAGCUGUACUUAUCAAACUGUUGCAAGGUCCUCUAUCAGAUCACAUUAUUAUAAGGUAUGUCGGAAAUUCGCAGACAACGUUUCAGUUGCAAUGGUUGAAGAUGCCAUACCUGCAGAAGACAAUGUGAAUGGCUACAUUUGUUCGAUUUGUAAUUACGUGCAAUUGAAAAAAUGCAAUAUGGAAAAACAUCUUAUUUCAAAACACCGUGCAAGUGCUAAUGCCAAAGGCAUCCUAAUAAACAUGGCAUUAACAGCAGAUAAAGCAUCUACUUUUCAGAAACCAACUGAUUUGACUGAUAGCGAUUGUAUCAUAGAAAUCCAAGAAUCAGCCAAUUCGGUAAAGGAUAAGAAAACCAUAAUGGAACAGUCAAAUAAUUUAGAUGAUGUUAUUGAAAUCGCUGAUAAUAGAGAUGCAGAAAGUAGUGAAACCAUACACCCUAAAGACAACCUCGAGGUGAUCAUAAAAGAUAAAAAAGUCUGUUUGACAAAGCCUGUAGAGUCUGCCAACCAUACAUCAUCGGUUGAAGAAAAAAGUGAAGAUGUAAUGGAAUCUCCUAAAGAGGGGGUAAAAAUUAGUGCUGCUGUAUUGGAAACCAGUGAAUCGUUGCAACAAGAAUCAGAAUCGUCAUCGGUUGGUGGUGGUAAUUUGAGUGCGUUUGUAUGUCCCCCAGAAAUAGCAAUCAAGGAACAUGAAAUACAACUGGAACGGAGAAAGAAGAUGCAAGAAAUUGUAGAAAAUAUUGGGAUUAAAGUGAACAAAGGUGGAGUUACAAAGCCAUUAUCAAUUAUUGAUCAACUGAGAGUGAAAAUGGACACAAACUCCCAAACAUCCGACGAUCUUAACACAACAGAGAAACGCACCAUUGGACUAUCUAUGAAUUCUUUGGAAAAACUAAAGCAAAGUCCAGUUCAUGCAGAAGCAAAUGAGAGUUUCAUUGAUAAGACCUUACCUGAGUCAAAUGUCGGUGCAAGCCUGUUUGACCAAGUGAUGUUUCAGUCUGAUGCAAAACUCAACUUGUCAUCCAGUAGCAUAGAAGCUCCUUCAUUCGUAGAGCAUUUGGAAAAGAAUUCAAAUAAUUUGGAAACCAAAAUAACAGAUCCACUAGCAACGUUUGAUGAUAAUUUCCAAAACUUUGGUAGUGACACUGAGACAAGUGACACUGAAAUUAUGAGCACUUCGGUACCUUAUGAGUCGGAUUCCAGCAAUGAACAGUCAGAGUGUGAAAUAUUGUCACAGGAUGUCAAUUCGUUACUCGAAGUCUCAGGAACUGAUGGUAAUACCCCUACUAAAGGACUUAUGCAUAGUACCAUACAAAGACUGGCAGCUCAGCUACAAAACGCGAAGAGUUCUUCACCUGGCCAGUCUGUCAAUGAUGCACUAACAAAGGUUGAAAAGACCGACAAGCGCUUGAUUCCAGAACCUCCUGCAGCAAUACCUCUGUCCAGUAUUAAUCAAUUAUACAACACAAACGUUUUGAAAUCUGAAGACUCAUCCUGUGACCAGUCAGAGGAUUCUUCUACUCCAAAAAAUUUGAUCAGAAUCCGUCGACUCAGCGGUGAUAAGCUCUCAAUCCCCUCAACUCCACCUGAGACACAAGAAGCACUUCAAUUAUCCAGUACUGAGGGCAGUGCUUCAGAGUUAGGGGCUGAUGUGCUGCAGACAGAUACAGAAGAAGAAUGUUCGUUCCUGCGGAUAGAAAAUGUUGUUAGUCUUGCACCAUCAGCGGAUGAUACAGAGAGUGAAAAUUCAAUAAUCAGUGAUAUAAGAAAAGCUGUUGGAACAUCGCCAAUUAAACAAAAUAUUUCAAUCCUAAAGAAGAGCCCGAUCAUUCUACAGAAAGUGGGAAAUAGGUCCAUUCUUAAUCAACGAAUCAUGAGCAGUUUGGGCAACAAUGGAGAACCGAUCAAAAUAAUACCAUUACCUAUGAACAAUAUGCAGUCUCCUUCCCAGUCUCCAAAGCAAGUUGUAACCAAUAUCGUUACCGUGCAAUCUAGCCCUAAAAUUCAAGUGGGUGGAAACCUAAAAAACAAAGUCUUUGUACCCACCGUUAUGAAGAAAGGUGCCACAAGCAGUAGUAAUACAAAGACAAAACCAGCUGGGAGCGGAGCUGUACCUCAUAAAUCAAAUUUCAAAUUCAUCAAAAUAAAGAAACCACCAACAAUGUUGAAGCAUAAAGAACACAUUGCUCAGUCAGUCAUCAUGAAACUCAAAUCUACAGAAGCUUUACGAUCUAUGCUCAAGCCUGCAAAAUUAUGCCAUCUCUUCAAGUGUAUGGAACGGAAUUGCAUUUAUACAACAAAUUCGUUGGAAUAUUUCAAAAAACAUUUCGAUGAACACGUGAAUGUCUGUAUUAAGAAAAAUAAGAAACGGCCGUUUGGUUGUCAAAAUUGUCCAUACUGUUGCACAGUUCUAGAAGAUUGGAGUCACAUGGAAACACAUUUAGUAGUCCAACAUGCACACUGUCGAUAUCAGUGCAGCUAUUGUUUUUAUAGAGCUGCAACACAAUCUUACGUAGAACUACAUCAGGCUAAAAGUCAUGAGGGUCGUGUGGUUUCUGUCUUACAUGGCACUACAAUAAGAGACAAAAUGCCUGAUGGCUGCAUUGAUCGCCAUGAAAGUGUGAAGCCAUUUAUUUGCCAGCAAGAAUGCGGAAAAAGUUUUUAUAUUCCUGAGGCGUUUAUGACGCAUUUAAAAACAAUCCAUGGCCCUUUGCUAUCCGUUUACCAGUGUCAUUUAUGUCCAGCAACUAGCUUGAAACCGGAACAACUUGUAUCUCAUUACAAAUUGCAUGGCAUAUACAAAUACCAGUGUAUGUAUUGCCUUAAUGGAUCAGAUUUGUCUUGGGAGUUGCACAAUCACCUUAGUAACUUUCAUUCCAAUUUGCCACCGUAUGUUGUUGAACGUAGUCUCUUGCCACAGAGAUCGACAAGUCAGGAUGUGAUAGAUCAACUAAUUGUGAAAAAUGUAGAAGAGGAUUUUCAAUUCACGAAUCUAGUAACCACUGUCGAGGAUAUUCCUGAGGAAGAUUGGCAAGUAUCAAAAAACCUGUCCUUGCAGGAUUGUAUAAAAAAUUCUGGAAUUUUAACUGAAACACCAUCAAAAGAGAAGUUACCUGUCGUCAAGGACAUAAGAGGCAAGAUAAGCAUCUUAAAACGAAACUUGUUUCCGCAAACUUCGUACAAUCGUGAUGGACAAAGUAAUGUCACGAGUGCAGCUACUUCACAAAAUUGUGCACAGCAAUCCAAAGAUGAUGAGAGCCCGAGUAAGAGGAUAUCUUUACCAGAAGUCGAUGGGUUUGACGAAUAUUCCUCACGAUUUGACAUAAAUGAGCCGUCAAUUCAAUCACCGUCUAAUACAGCAGGUGAGAAUAUUACCUCCUCGAAUUCAUCAGAAUGUGGUAUGGAGAGAAGACCAUCGCUUGAAUAUUCUAAAACAAAUACUAUCGAUGGCCACUGGACAACAAGAUCCCAGUCGCAAAAAUCACCUCAUCCAACUGAUUUUGAAGAAAGGUCAUUCAAUUUCGAUUUUGCUGUCGAUCCAUUAAGUAUACCUGAAAAGCUGAAAGCUAAUAAUCAAAUUAUAAAACAUGCCAAGGUAGACAACUCUAGAACCUUCAAUAACUUUCUGACACAGAAAGAGUCUAGUAAUUCAGUGCUCAAAUCAAAAAAUGCAAGUCCAAGGAAAAUCUUUAACAAUGAAGACAGUGAUAUAGAAAUAUUAGAAGACAACCUAGAUAUCAGUAACAAAUCAAAUAAGCCCGAAAUAAAAAUUGAUCAAAAUGUCGAUAAACAAAUUAAAUUAGUGGAAGAUAGUUCAAUAAAUGCCGAAAAGACGCAAGAAUCACCAGUGACUCCUGUCACAAGUAAUACUGAUAACUCGAAUGAAGAUAUUGAUCCAAAUAGGACCGUGACAACAGCACCGGAGGAGAUAAAAGUACCUCUUACUUUAGACGAUAUUAAAGAUACAGGAUUUGCAGGAAAAGAUUUGUAUAAAUGCGGAAAUGAUAGUUGUAACUUUAGUACAGAUAUCGUCGAACUUUUAAAAUGCCACUUGGCAAAUUGCAAUUCCUCCACCGACGGAAAGUCCCUAAGCUGUGCCCAUUGCAAGAAGCGAUUUGUGAAAGUGGGGUUCCUAUUAGAACAUUUAAAGACACACGGCUUGAAACGUUUCGGCUGCUCAUUAUGUUCAAUGAGAUGCACUAUGCCUUACCAAGCUAUGGCCCACAUGAAGUCCAAGCAUAAAUUUUCUUCUAAUAAAUUAGUGCCUGCAGAUCCCAAAAAUCCAUCCACCGAUGGUUUAUUUGUUGUUCAACCACUACGUGGCGUCCCAGAAAAAGGAAAAGGUAAAAAGAAGUUGUCUACUAAGGCGGCAGAUAAAGAAUCUGAAAAAUGCAUGGAUGUUGAGAAACUAUCCUUCAAUCCUGACGAAAUAGACACGUUACCCCGACAAGCUAUUUACAAUCGAGAAGUAUUAUGUGCAGUUUGUCCUUACUCAACUAAGGUGAGAACUAACAUGAUUCGGCAUCUGCAACUUCAUGCUAAAGAUGAAACUGUCCCAGAAUCUGGGCCGGUUAAUCCAGUUCCAUGCCUAGACAAGAAAGAGAGAAUGUUUGAUAAGAUGGUAAACUUAGCUAGCAGUUCGCACCAAAAUGGUCGCAUGGGAAGCAAAGUACGGGAAACCAGUAAAGAAGACAUAGACGAUUCUUCUUUACCCAAGUUUGUCCCCGAACACAAAAGAUAUGUGUGUGGCGUCGCUGAAUGCAAUUAUUUGACUGUGGAUGACACGAUGUUGCGCUGUCAUCUGAAAGCUCUACACUCUGAUGAGCCAUAUUUUCGCUGUCCACACUGCUUAACACCGCAGCCAGGACAAGACGUACAAAAUAUAGGAAUAGAUAAAAUGGGAAUUCACUUAAAAAUGCACGACUCUAGAUUAUACAAGUGCUCGCACUGUAAUCACCACCAUUACCACAGGCACGUUGUAGAGAGGCAUCUCACAGAUAAGCAUUCGGACAAAAGGCCGUUUGUGAAAGUGAUCAGAGAACCUGAAACCAUUGAAACUGCACAGGCUGUACAAGACGAAGGUGGCGAAGAUGAUGCCCCUGACCGUGAUGGUAACCAUUGGAAAUGUAACCUGUGCGAUUUCAAAUGCAUUUAUAAAAAUGAGAUGAUUUCUCAUGCGUCAACAGAACAUGAUGAACGAGCACAGUUCAAAUGUAGCGAAUGCACUUACAAAAAUUCUGGAAAAAUAAACAUUGAACAGCAUUUUCUUUCCAAGCACUCUGCUUCGCCGCAAGUAAAAUAUGACAUGGUCUAUCAAAAAAUUAAGGGAACUGUGAAAAAACCUGCCGAAGUAACGGACCAAGCUGGAAGUGAUGAACCAUUCGAUACAACCCCACUGUGGAGGCGAGAUAUGCCAAGAGUUCGACACAUUCGCGGUAUCCUUUUGGAAGAUGAAGAUGCUGUAACCGCUAAUGAAUCCCCCACUAAGGGUACCAAACGCAAAAGCGAGGGCAGUGAUGUCAUGGGAAAGCCAUCAAAAUUGAAAUCUACCAAAACAUUGUCUACUGAAACAGUGAAAUUAAGUGACGAAAAACCCAAAGUAGUAUGGCCUAAAACUCCAAUAGGCAAGACGAUAUUGGAACCGAAUAGCUCAGUGAAUGAGCGGGUGAGCAAGACUCGAGCUGUUGACAAAUUACGAUCAAUAGACAAAUCUGAGAGCGAGAAAUUCUCUGAGAGUACAGAAGUUGCAGCGACUGAUACCAACGUUACAGAAGAUUUUACCGAAUUGAGUGAUUCGGAUAUGGGUCAAUUUGGGCCUUAUGGAAAACCCAAUGGUAUAAUGUACGUUUGCACACUUUGUAGCAAUUUUGAGACCCGAUAUAAACAUGAUUUGAGAGAUCACCUAUACCGAGAAUUGAAGUAUAAAACAUGGCACUGUCGAACAUGUGGCUUUUUAUCUGUAAAUCGUCACACGUUGGUCAAACAUAUCAGAAAACAACAUACUGGCUCAAGUCCUGAUUAUGAAAUGCUCACUCCUGAUUAUUCAAUUGAAGAAUGGGUGAACACCCUUUUGCAAAGGCAGACAAAUAUUAUAAAGGGAAUAUCGAAUAAAUCCAGCCCACGCGUAAGCGCAGAUAAAGCGACGUCGUCUGUAAUUGAACCAGCUUCUCCACAGCCCGCAACGCCCACAAAAGAAAUUACUACUGUAGCGGAAUCCCCGGUGAAAACCCCGGACAAAAAUUCCGACCCUCUGGACUCUACACAUGCUAUCGACAGUUCGCAAAAUACUUCCGUUGUCUUAGAUGCAAAAGCAGAUCCAGAUUUGGACGAAACCAGCAAGGAUAAUAACGAUCUUGUCAUUGAUCUGAAGGAUGACGUUUUGGAAGAAACUGAUAUACUAGAUCCAGAAGCAGCGCUAGACAAAUCUGAAGAUAAGAAAAGCGGAGAAAAAGUUCCUGUACUCUCUUGCAAGCACUGUAAGAUGAAAUUCACCAGAUGGCGAGGUUUCAAAUUGCAUGUGCAAGUAAAUCAUUUGAAGCGUUUAAAUUUUCUUUGUCCGUAUUGUGAUAGGAGUACUAACUCCGAACAAAUGAUGCGCCAACAUAUUCGUACUAAACAUUCUGGAAUGGCAGAGAAAGUUAUACCGAAUCCUGCAGUUGGUGGUCCAGAAUUAACUAAUGACUUUUGGGAGAAAGAAUAUGGUUUAAUUUGCCCGGGUAGGAGCUCGAAAAAACGCAAGCGUAAACCACCUGUUGAAGAAAAUUUGGUUAUCAGGAUAAAUACUAAUCCCCCACACAUCUGUAAACUGUGUGGGUUCACUGCUGUGAAUCUUACCGGUCUUAAGGCUCACUCACGGAUGCACGCGAAUAAAAGUACCCUGAAAUGUGCCUAUUGUCCAUAUAGUGGCGCCGUUGAUACUGAUAUCGCUCAACAUCGUAAGAUCAGUCAUCCACAUUUGCCUUUUAAAGUCUCAAACAUCAGCUCGGCCGAUACCCUUAUGCAGAGCAUAAUUCCACGUCAACAGAAGAAGGUCACCUUUGUGGAAUAUAGUGAUGACAUCGAGGAAGAACAAGUGCCUUCAACUACUCCCACUUCCCAGAAGCUUGUCUAUUGUUGCUAUUAUUGUAAUUUACGCAGUAGCAAAUUGGAGACUGUAAGAAAUCACUGGGAAAUGGUACACAGGGAAUCAAAAGAGCCUAAUGAAUCUGUGAAAUGGAAAACUGGAUUACCUUUUAGAUACAAAGAAAUGCCCAUGCCACUCCCUUCACCUCAGAAACUGAUGCAGUGUGGAUAUUGUGAUAAGAAAGCUGGAAAGGGAGCACUCAAAGUGCACAUGAGGAAGAAGCAUGCCGAAUUAACUCCUCUGUUCAUCGAAAUAUCAGAUAAUACACAAGAGGGUUGGAUAUGUCAGUGGUGCAACGAAUUUUGUGAGACAGAAGGUAAAAUGGAACAUCACCAGAACAUGUUUCAUUCACACUUGCCAUGGCACUUUAAGAAACAGGAGCAGCCGAAAGGGCUCAGUUGUCCGGAGUGCUCUUACAAUACUAUGUCUACCGCUGUAAUGAGGAAGCAUGUUGUUGAGCAUAUAAAUCUUUUCAAGUGUAAGCAUUGCGAAAAAACUUUUACAAACCCGACGCUUGUGGUGAAUCAUAGUUCGUCGGUACAUCCGAAGUUGGAAUUGAAAAUAGAGAGUAUAUCGAACUAUGAGUUGCUCAUAGAAAAAAUGAUGGCUAAAGUCAAUUGUAACAAUGAUCAACAGUCUGUGAAAAGUGAAACCAUAACCGAAGAAGCACCAGUUAUGAAGAAGUCCAAGAGCCAUGCGGUUGCAAAGAAAUCAACUGCCAAACUCCCAACACGAAUUCCUUCCUCACCCGGUAAAAUUCGAUGUGUCGCUCGCAAGUCCACUAACCCUUCAUCUAAGCAUCUGCUAGGCUUCCGGCUUGAUAUGGAUGAGGACUUUUCGGAAACGAACCAAAAUUCACGUCCCUUCAAGCCAUUUCAAGGAUUUUCGUAUUAUGGUAUCCCUGCCACACCGAUUAGCUUAGGUAGCCUGAAUACAUACAUGUCAGUUGGUGGACACCAAAUGAAAGUGAACUGUACAACACUCGGCCAGCUAAUGAAUAUCAAUCCAAAAGUAAUAGUGAAAGAUCUCAAGCAAGAUCUCAAAAAUUCGUCAGUGUUCUUGAAUCGAAAGUAGAAGAAAGUAAUUUCUGUUUUAUUCUGCAAUUUCAUGCACUAUGAAUGAUCGAUGGAGAGAAUUACAGUGAAAAACAUCUUUGUUGUCUUUUCAACAACUCAAGCUUGUCAAACGAACUUGUCUCUGUUGUCUUUAGGGUAUUAUCAGCUUAUAUCUUUACUAUCAGUAUUGGACUAUAAAAUAGAUCGCAUCAUCCCCAUUUCUUGUCUUCUAAGACGAGUACAUUUUUUUCUUGGUAUCUUUAGAGCACAAUCAUUUAUUUAUUCAUUUUUUGUCUGCAAACACAUGUAGCAAUAGUUUUUAUAGUCAUCAGUUUGAUUUUAUUCAUUACUCAAUGUUACGGCAACCUUUCUGUGUUUACUUGUAUAUCUUCAUACGAUAAAUUAAACAUCCAUAGUCAGUAUUUCCGUAUUAUCAAAUUAUUUUUGUCAAGUAUUUACAGCCAUGUGAUAAUGUUAUUUCAUCAUAUCUGGGUACAUUUGAACUUGAUUCUUACAUCACAUGUUUUCUAGUAAAAGUGAUAUUUAUAUUUAAAAUAUAAAAAUGAAUUUGGUUUAUGAAUUUCUAUCUAGUUUGCAAAUGCAGAAAUAGUACUGGCAAUCAAUUACCAUUCUCGAUAAGUUACAACUCUGCUAAUUUAAUUGUUCUGAUGAUUUAGGAAAACAACAGAACAUAUGUCAAAACAUAGUUUUGAUCUGAAUUUAAUUCCAGUUGUAAUUUAUUGAAUGCGAUAAGCGUUCAUAGGUGUAUAACUGGGUUUCUAGCGGAAGUGUGAAUACUAGAUACUAUUAUAAUCGAUACUUCGUCAUUAGGAUCAUCACGAAUCAUAUGAAUGCAUAUGCUGAAAUUCUACCAUUGGUGAUGAUCUUAAGAGUUUUAGUUUUGUUGCGUUAUUCAUUGUCAAUGUCCCCCAAGAUUAAAUUUUGUUAUAAGUUUUUCUUCUUGUGAUGGGAGAAUUUGGGAGAAAGGAUACGUUGUUUUGAAAAGACAAGACUGACGAGUGUCCGGUAGCAUAGAUUUAAUUCUAAGCCUAGAUUUUUAAAACCUGUACAUACUCUGUAUCAUACAAACUUGAAUAAAUAUUUUUGAUUUUUAUAAUCGUACUAAAA